AUGGAGAAAAAGAUCCUUCUUCUUCUCCCCCUCGUCUUCUUCGUUCUCUCCACUCCUCCGCAUGCAGCGACUUUCAGAGUUGUCCCCAUAUCUGACAAGCUUGACUGGGAUGUUGCCCGGGCACACUGCAGAGAGCACUAUAGCGACUUGUUCAACGUCAGAAAUCAAGCCCAGGCCGACAUGAUUGCUCCGUACAAAGGCUGGAUUGGUGAACCAGCCUCUGAUGGGUACUGUGCUGAGUGCCAUGAUGGAACCGAAUGGCACAGUCAUUUAUGCUCUCAAAUUGACUCCUUCAUAUGUGAAGACAGACUUAAUCUGGCGCAGGAGGAGAAGACAUGGGAAGAGGCCUUACAGCACUGUAGAGAGCUGCAGGAUGGUGGCUUAUCUGCAUACGACCUCGCCAGUCUGCCAGGACAACAUCAAACUGUGUUGGACAGAAUGAAGUUAGGGGGACUGGACCCAAACACCAAGGGGAUGUGGGUUGGACUGCGAUUCCUGGCUGGUGAGCGGCUGUGGAUGGACGGAACAAGGGCACAUUCGCCCAAUCUUCCUGAGUGUCCUGACCAGCAGCAGCACUGUGGUGCCUUGGGUUAUGAUAGCCAAGGCUGGAAGACAUUGAACUGCAGUGAGACAAGAAACUUCAUCUGCAACAUCAGAGAGUAAACGCUGGGAGAGAAAUCAGAUUGGAUCUCCACCAUGGAGUCCUUAUAUGAAAGAGCCUAUCAUAGACAAAAAACUAUUUUUAUGUUGGUAAAAUCCUCCAAAAAUCUUAAUUUACCUACAUUCUUAUGCAAAAGUUUGCAAGAGAUCUUCAGGAACAUUGCAGAUGUAAACAAACCGUUUGACGUAUCAUAAACUUGAAAUAGUUAUUUUUAUUUAUUUAUUUAAUCGUUUAUUUGGCAGGGACAAUGCACAGUAAUGAACACUUAAAACAUUCAAAUGUAUCAAGCGUAACAGUGCCAGAUUUAGCUUUGAGCUAAUUUCCAUCCGCAGCCCCUCACAUAAAACAUUUUUUAGUUCUUGUCUUACGAUAUUAUAAUAAAAGGAUCUGUCAAUAAAUGUGAGACUACUGUUUUUGACUUUUGGAGUCAUCAAGAUCAUAGAGUGUUAACUUUAAGUUGUAAUUUGCUCAUGUCUAUAUUAACAGUCUGUAAGUAGAUUAUUUUCAUUUGUGUCGUAAAAUAUAUACAGUACCUUCACCUCAUUUAUAGUAUAACUAAUUCAUAAGGUAAAGGCAAAUCAUCUGAUCUUAUUGACACAGAACAUAUUUCCUAUAUUCUCUCUGUAUUGAAACUGCUUGGGAAUGUCUGCAAUACAAAUGAUCUCCCUGUGUGACUGUUUGUCACUAGAGGGUUCUCUUAUCCAAGACACGGUGGAUCCAUGGUAUGUUUAAACUAAGGGAACAUUCAGUAUGUUGCAGAGAUCUACAAUGGUGUUACUAAUGUAUCAUACUUUAGGCAUUCAAUACCAGCAAUUUAAUUGGAUUCUUUAUUUAUUUGUGAAUUACUCUGUUAUUGUUAUCCUUAAAUAUU